AUCCGUUUCCUGAACUGGGUUACUGGUCUGCAGCUAAAAAGUUUGCCAGUUGCUGGUGUAAAGUAAUAUGAGACAAAUAUGUUGGAACCUAUUUUUUUUUUCCCUGUGGGACUGACCAAAUGUCACAGCCAUCUUCAGAGACGCAUCAUUGAAGAAUAGACCAGAAUGCAAAAGCGGUAUCAGCAUUUUAUUAAAAAAAAUUGUGGGUGUUUUUUUUAAGUAUUUGCAUUUCACUAAGUCACUUAAUAGACAAAAUACUUAUGUCUCACCUAUUGUAACCAGCAACCACACAGGACUUACCUGAAUGUUGAUACAUAUGAUACAAGAGCUACCAACCCCCUUAAUCCUCACCAGUGUAUUUUUCAUCUACACUUCCAGGCAGAUUCUUGUCAGUUCUUACCAUUAUGGUUCAUCUGUGGUGCCAUAAUCAAGUUAAACUACCAAGUAAAGGCGCUGUGUGAUUUGGUAAUUCAUUGACUGCUACUGUUCAUGAGGUUGCUGAAAUGUACCUCUACCCACUGUCUUCAGAUUUUUUUGGCUCUCUGACCCAAGACAGAAGAAGAAAACAUGUUGUUUUGAAGAAAGCAGCAGACAGAUUUGGGUGAGAAAAUCUAAAAAAAGCUUAUAUCUCAGCUGUGGAACAGGCCAGGAGGAGAUGCUGCUUUUCCAUGUUAUUAAGCAUUGCAUAGUACUGUGAUGAACUGUUCUAGAACAAAUUGCUUUGUUCCUGGACGCUGUGUGCAUAAAACCUUGCUGUGCAUCUUGACAGCAGCACUGUUUCCUGGAUGGUUCAGUGUCUGAUAAAACUAAUUUCUUGGAUGAAGAGUAGCUGAGUAGAGACUUGGUGGGAGAUGUGUUCUUGGAAUCCUUCAGAAUUCCUGAUCAUCACUUGAUAACCAGAUACCCCUAUAGCAAGGAAGAAACACCUUAUUCUACUUAGGACAUGCUGUCCCUUGGUUUCAGAUUAGGUAGACUACUUUUUCCCCAGAUCUAUGCAGGGAUAAAUUGGCUCCUCCAAGGGUAUGGUAGAUGAAAAAAGGAAGAGUAGGCUGGGUACUGAAAACUUGGACCAUGCCAAACUUGCUUCAGAAUUUGCAGCCUUUUGGUAGGGGGUAGAGGGCCAGAAGUAAAAUUUUGAAAAAGAUUUAAAUUUUAAGCACAGUUAGUCAAGGAAUGGGUUCUAUAACCAGUCACAGAUAGACACAGGAAAAUACUUUCAUGAUAGUUUGUUUUCACCUUAAUUAAUCAAUCUCCCCAUGGUAAUAGGGCCUCCUUAAUUUUAAGAGAAAAGAUCUUGCAUUCAAGGAAUGUAUUAAAAAAAAAAAAAAAAAAAAAAAGGACUGAAACAGGAGAUAGUGUAUCAACUGUGAUACUUGAUACCUGUGUUUCAGCAUGCUCUUCAGUUAUUUUCUGAGACCCAAAAGAAUCAGAAGUCCUAAGGUUACAGAUGACUACAAUGAGUAGCAUGUCAGAGUAAAUAAUGGUCAAUGGUAAAAGAUGCAGAAUAAGAAUGAUUUAAAUGAUUACAUAACUGCAUGGAGAAUGAUGUUUAUGCUCAGGUUUUCAGUCUUGCUUGACUGGACAUCUGACAAAGACCCACAUAUAAGAACCAAGUAUCGGGUUGAUUUUAGUUAAAUGAAUUUGAGAGUGCUGACUGAUAGGGUGGAAUACUCUUUGUAAAUGUCUCCUGGAAAAUAACACUUUAUUCAGAUUUAAUAAAAAUAUUUUUCAGAAAAUAAAAAGCUGACAAAUUAAGUUGAAUCUAAAUUAAAUAAAGCUGUAUAAAAUUAACUCUGAAUUCAAUAUGAAUUCUCUAUUGUACCAACCAAUACAAAUGUAACUUUAUUGAAAAAAUAACUAACAUAUAAAUGGGAAAAACUUAUUGAAAUAGGUUUUUUAAAUUAAGGCAUUCCACUUGGUGAUUCAUAUAAUCUAAAAUUAAAUCUAUCCAUACUGACUUUAUUUUAGAACUAGAAAAAUGGAAUUAAAAUAUGUAUCCCUCUGUGCCAUGUCCCAGAUGUGCCCAACUUUUCUGCACCUUACCUGUCCUAUCCUGUUCUGAAUGUUACUCUGUACUUUCUUUCCCAAGGAAGUAUUUUAUUUGCAAAACUUGAGUUCUUUUUUUUUUUUUGCUGUGUUAUGCUACUUAUCAGUUUCCUGACAAAUUUCACAAAAUCCAAUUCCCAUCAGUAAUUUUUUCCCCUUAAAAAGCAAAAAAACAAAACAUAACCCCAAAACAAAAAACCCUUCUUAUCAGAAGUGUAUAUUGCAUAUAACAUAUGGCAGUGCAUUCUGUAAACUAUGAAUGUGACUUUUAAAUUAUUGAAAUUUAUACUGAACGGAUGUCUCUCCAAUAGUAAAUUAAACUCUAAAAUUGAGUAUGUAAUAAGCAAAAACUUGUUAACAGUUUUAAUGAGUGUUGAAUCACAGCUAGAGGAAACUGCUGGUUAUUUGCCACUACAAAAAUAUAUUCAUUUUAAAGACUGUCGUGACAAAGGUGCAUACUAAACAAGAUUUAACUCAGUCAAACAAAUUUCCUGUUUCUAGAGUUUCACUGUUCUAAAUAGUGAUAAUGGUAUAUUGUUGACCAGAACUAGGGUUCUCCCACCUUUUAUGAAUGUUUUGAUUUUCUUAAAAGGAGACGCAAUACAUAACUAAAAAAAGAAUUUAUCCUUUUUAUAGUAAAAUUUCUGAAGACUGAUUCUGUUAAGCUCUUACUAGAGCAGAGUUAAAUGAUUUGUACCUAAUGUUAAAAAGCCACUUUAUCUGUGCCUUAACUUCUAGGUUUUUCUUUAUUAAGGCAUUUACAUCAGAUGAAGUAAUUAGAGCUGAAAUAUCCACCAGUUUGUUCUCCAGACUUGCCAAUGGUAACAAGGAUGUCAAGUGUGGCUUUCCUUGUUUUUAGUGAAGGACCAUUGGGAAGAGCCAUGGAUGUUCGCUUGUAAAUGUACUUAAUGGACAGAUCAGCAAUAUGGAUGAUUCAAAUACAAAUACUGAAAUUACUGGUGCUAAAGAAGAAUUCCUAGAUGAUGACAACUUUAUCUCUGAGGAAAAGGGUGGCAUUCCUAAAUCACAAGAGAGCGAAACGUCAUUUCAGAAUAAUGAUACAUUGACUCUGCCUGAAGAGCUAUCAAGGGACAGAUCUGAAAAAGCCUUAAGUGGAGGCCAGACUUCUCUAUUUAUACAUACUGGUGCUCCUACUGUUUCUAGUGAAAACUUUAUCUUGCCGAAAGGAACUGCAGUUAAUGGACCAGUUUCACACUCCACCUUAACUAAGACUUCUAUUAUGAAUAAAGGCGGUGCUUCAUUAACCACUGGGCAACCUAUGGGUCAUCAUACAGAUUCGUGUUCAACUUUGACAGUGGUUCACGACCUUCAGCUGCCUGCAAAGAGUACAACGCAGAAGUCAAGUCAGCACCAAGUUUUAUUUUUGUUACCUGAUGUAGCACAUGCGAAGAACCUGACUCAUUCCAUUAAAAAUCUACCUACCUCUGCUUCAGUUGGUUGUGAUACGCAGAAAUCUGUAGGAAAUAGUGUAGAUAGCACUUUAAUAGGUGAAGUAGAAGUGUGUGAAGAUGGCAAAGGUUUACUAGUAAAAGAUGAUUGUGUCAAUACGUUAACAGGUGUUUCCUCAGGUACAGGUAGUUUCAGAUCGGGAAGUGAUCCCAGCUGGGAUCCUCAGAAAGAGUUCAUACAAUUUCUUAUGACAAAUGAAGAAACAAUAGAGAAAUCUCCUGUUCACUGUAAAGUAGGUCUAGAGAAAAAAAGAAAAAGAAAGAUGGAUGUUAGCAAAAUAACACGGUAUACUGAGGACUGUUUUAGUGAUUCAAAUUAUGUUCCCAGUAAAUCAAAAUUACUAAAUGUUGAUUUUUUAGAGCAGAAUGAAGAACUACAAGUAGUAGAACCACAAAAAUAUGCAUUGGCAAAAGUGAAGCCUGAAUCAACAGAUGAGGAGUUGGAAGCUGUGGACGCUAUCCAACAAUUGAUUUAUAGUCCCACUAAUAAAUGUGCAGAAGAUACUUCUCCUGUUCACACUGGCACUUUUCUUUCUAAUACUUUAAAAAACAAAUGUGAACAGAGUGAUUCAGAAUCACCAUCCACUUUCAGUACUGAUGAACCAUCGUUUUAUCCCUGUACAAAGUGCAAUGUGAAUUUUAGGGAGAAGAAACACCUGCAUAGGCAUAUGAUGUAUCAUUUAGAUGGAAAUAGUCAUUUCCGUCAUCUCAAUGUCCCGAGGCCCUAUGCAUGCAGGGAAUGUGGACGGACCUUUCGAGAUCGUAAUUCGCUUCUUAAACAUAUGAUAAUUCACCAGGAAAGAAGGCAAAAAUUGAUGGAAGAAAUCCGUGAGUUGAAAGAACUCCAGGAUGAGGGUAGAAGUGCACGUUUACAGUGUCCUCAGUGUGUAUUUGGUACUAAUUGUCCCAAAACAUUUGUGCAGCAUGCUAAAACCCAUGAAAAAGAUAAAAGAUACUACUGUUGUGAGGAGUGCAACUUCAUGGCUGUGACAGAAAAUGAAUUGGAAUGCCAUAGAGGUAUUGCUCAUGGAGCAGUAGUGAAGUGUUCAAUCAUCAGUGGUGAUAUGUCCCAGAGGAAAACACAGAAAAAAACUUCAAUGAAAGACCCAUAUCUAGGGUCAUCAAAAAAGUCAUCUACAUAUAUGUGCAAGAUGUGUCCAUUUGUUACGUCUGCCAGAAGCAUUUUAAAAAAACAUAUGGAAUACUUGCAUCCAGCUUCAUGUAUUGAUCCUUUUGGCAGCCAUCUUAAAUUAGAAAAAAGGAAAAGUAGUGUAAUUGAAGAACCUUUAGAUUUUGGUAGCAGAACUAAACAGUUGAUCAAACAAUCAUCUACAUUUCCAAAGAACUCUGUUUUAAAACAAGAUGUAAAGAGAUCAUUUGGCUCAACUUCACAAUCCAGUAACUUCGCAAAACUUCACAAGAGGCCCCACAGGAUACAGAAGGCUCGGAAAAGCGUUUCACAAUCAGCUAAACUUAACUCUGCUGAAAAAAAAGACAGCUAUGAAACGGAGGAUGAAAGUUCAUGGGAUAAUGUUGAAUUAUGUGAUUACACUACACAAUCUGUGGAGGAUGAGUCUUACACUGAUAUUAAUCAGGAGCAUGUAAACCUAUUCCCCAUAUUCAAAGGUAAAAUGGAGGAUCGUGAAGCUGGUGAUAAAUCUUCUCUUAGUUAUGAGCAGAACGAUGGCUUUUAUUUUGAGUAUUAUGAAGAUGCUGAGGGUAGUAACUUCCUACAUGAUUUACACGAUCCUCAGAACUUAGAAAAUGUAGGAACAACAUUGCCAAAGCAUAAUUCAGUUUUUCAUUGGACUGAUUUGUCACUUGAGAAGAAGUCCUGCCCAUACUGUCCAGCAACAUUUGAAACAGGUGUUGGAUUGUCUAAUCAUGUCCGUGGACAUCUUCACAGAGCUGGAUUAAGCUAUGAAGCCCGUCAUGUUGUUUCACCAGAGCAGAUAGCAACAAGUGACAAAAUGCAGCAUUUCAAAAGAACUGGAACAGGAACUCCUGUUAAACGAGUUAGAAAAGCUAUUGAGAAAUCUGAAACUUCUUCUGAACACACGUGCCAGCUCUGUGGAGGUUGGUUUGAUACUAAAAUUGGAUUGUCUAAUCAUGUGCGAGGACACCUGAAAAGGCUUGGCAAAACCAAGUGGGAUGCGCACAAGUCUCCAAUCUGUGUUCUAAAUGAGAUGAUGCAAAAUGAAGAGAAAUAUGAAAAAAUCCUAAAGGCAUUGAACAGUCGCCGUAUUAUUCCCAGACCAUUUGUCGCUCAGAAACUUGCAUCAAAUGAUGACUUUUUAUCUCAAAAUGUUAUACCUCUUGAAGCAUACCGUAAUGGCCUAAAGACUGAAGAUAUAUCAGUGUCUGCAUCAGAGGAAGAAGGGCUGAAUUUCCUAAAUGAAUGUGAUGAAACAAAAACAGUACUGCAUGAUGAAAAAAAAAAUCAGUCACUUACACUGAUAGAACUUCUGAAAAAUAAAAGGUUAGGAGAAGAAAGGAAUCCUGAGAUUUCUCCGCAAAAGAUUCAUAAUCAAACUGCAAGAAAGAGGUUUGUUCAGAAAUGUGUUCUUCCAUUAAAUGAAGACGGUCCAUUGAUGUAUCAACCACAAAAAAUGGACUUGACUAUGCAGUCAGGUAUGCCUGUGAAGCUUAGAACGUGUGUGCAUUGCAAUACGACGUUUACAAGUGCUGUUAGCCUGUCCAACCACUUACGCGCUUAUGCACGAAAGAAGAGUGCUGGACUUUUGACUGGGACAGCUUUAGACUGUAAGCAAAAGAAGUCAAGAUCAAGAUCUGGAAGCAAGAAAAAAAUGCUGCCAUUACCUCAUAGUGCUGAUGAAGUUUACAUACUCCGAUGCAGGUUUUGUGGUCUGGUCUUCCGUGGACCUUUGUCUGUUCAGGAAGACUGGAUAAAGCACUUGCAGCGACACAUUGUCAACGCAAAUCUUCCACGAACUGGAGCUGGCAUGGUUGAAGUCACAUCACUACUUAAAAAGCCUGCCUCAAUUACUGAAACUUCAUUUUCUUUACUGAUGGCAGAGGCAGCAUCAUAGAACAAACAUUUUAAAUUUGAAUUGGGUGUAAAUUUGAAAUACUUUGUCAUUUUUUUUAAAGUUGCUACACUAAAUUAUGUUUAUAAAUCCUGAAGCCAGAAAGAUAGGGAAGGUGAAUUACAGUAACAUCAAAAUAAAUUGAGUACUUAACAGUUACAGUAAGUAGUCUUUAUAUUUUAUAUAGGGUAAAAGAUGUGUUUUUAAGGUUUACUAUGUUUUUGUCAGUUACUGUGUUCACUUAUCAAUACAAAACCAUUACAUGUAAAGCAGCCAUUUUUAAAUUGUUGCACAUGGGUACUUAAAGACAGAUUUUAUUAAAAAAAUGAAAAUAAAACAAAACCAUGUUCUCAGCAGUGUUACCAGAAUCAAGGCUCUGUUUAUUCCAAAAAGACUUGCAUAGUAAAAUAAGAUAUUAUUAUAUUUUGUUUGUAUGUAUGUAGUGUUUUGUAUAAUACCAAGAACUGCUAAUACAAUUUACUCAAUUUAGGGCAUUAAAUAUCAUGUACUUCAUAGUUCAAAAGACUGUUUCAUUCAAAUAGGGCAAUUAGUACUAUUCUAUCUAGGUGUGUAAGUGUUUUUUUUUUUUAAAUCACAUGAAGCUUUUUUGUACUAAAAAGUGGAGGGAAACUUGUUUAAACAAAUAUUUCUAAGAGAAAUAUGUACAUAGUACUGGAAAUUAUUUGUGGUAAGGAAAUAUUCUUUACUUCAGUUGCAUUUCUCACUGACAAUAAAGUGGUGCAUCUAUGCUACCUCCUACUUGUCAACAAAGAUGGUAUUUACCCUUACAUCUGUAUCAUAGAUUCAAAUCUAACUUCCUUUAUUGCGAAGCAUCUUUUUGUUAACACGUUUGUUUCUUUAUGAAAGUCUGACUUGCUUACAGAACAGUUUGCCUCUGCUACUUUAUUUAACACUGUAGAAAUGUACUAAUAAGCAUUGCUCACUACACGGUUUAGACUAGACCUUUUCAUUUAUAAUUCUGUUUAAAAAAAUUAUCAUUUUAGCAAAUUUGACCACCAAUUGAAAUGUUUCUACAUAUGAAGAGAAUGUUUACAGUUUAAAUUUUAGAACUUGUUUUGGAUGUGAUUAAUAUGUAUGAAACUGUGUAACACUAUGCUCAUGCUAAGGACCUACUUACGGAGUUACUGAAAUAAAUGUGCUGUGAGGAUGGAAAAUAUGGUGCAGGUGUCUUGGUCAUGAUAAAUUUGUGUUUGUUCAUUUAGGCUGUCUUCAAACACGAUUUAAUUUUUAAUCAGUAAAUCAAAUUCCUCUCUGAAUCAGUUUUGUAUGCAAGUAACAUUUCAUUUUAUUCAUGUAGGGUAAUUAAUACUGUAGUUAAGCCAAGGAUAUGCAUUGAUAUUUUCUGUAUAUGUAAAUAAAGUUAAAAGCAGUUAAAACAAGAGGAGUAUUUUGGUAGAGUAUAUACAUACCUCACUGCCAGUGAAAUUGCUUUCCUAUGGUAUAUCUCCUUACCAGAAAAAUCUCUAAAUAAAAAGGUUUAAAGAAAA